AGAGAGAAACUAUAGAGAGAGAGAAAGUCAUGGAUGGAAUGCAUGAUCAUGGUAUGGGUGAUAUGGGUAUGGGUAUGGGUAUGGACGACAUGACGCACAUGACCUUCUUUUGGGGGAAGAAUGCAGAGGUACUGUUCAAAGGAUGGCCUGGACACAGUUCUGGCAUGUACGCACUGUCCUUGAUAGUGGUCUUUGUUUUGGCUAUUAUUGUUGAGUGGCUCUCUCACUGUCAGUUAAUCAAGGCCGAUACGAACCAUGUCUCUGCCGGGUUGCUUAAGACCGUGAUGCAUGCUUUGAGGGUUGGUGUUUCUCUGGUGUUGAUGUUGGCGGUCAUGUCUUUCAACGUUGGUGUGUUCUUAGCCGCCCUGGUCGGUCAUACUGUGGGGUUCUUGCUCUUUGGGAGUGGGAUUUUCAAGAAAUCAGACACUAUUCCUCAUAAAGUUUCUGAUCUUCCUCCAAUGAGUUGUUGAUUGAUGAAUAAUUCAUCUCUGUUUCCAGGAAUUAGUCAACUUUUCAUAUUUUAUACAUCCUUAAUCAGUUAUGUUUUUGGGUGGUAACUAUGAUGUUCGUUUCGUAAAAAUAGACAGUUUUGUGGUAA